AGGGAGAGAGGGAGAGAGGGAGAGGGAGAGAGAGAGACCUUGAAGGUCAAAGGGAGGAGGGAGAAAUUGCAGUGGCAGAAAGGGUCUCAGGGAAACCAACGGUCAUGUUUGGCUGAAUAACCCUCAAAGGUGAUCAGUCACCACUGUUUUGAAGAGAAAAAUAAAUCCUCAUCUCAUCAACUGCUACAGGGAGAGGGAGGGUGACUUGCUUCAUUAUGAACUGUGCUGCUAUUUUGAUACUAACCACAAGUUGUUUCAGUUGGACGUCUGCUAUUUAUCUCCCAAACAGACAAGCAACAAAGAAAUUGAAGUAUCUGCUUGAGCCUCCUGUUUAUGCCGAAGUAACCAGCCCUCGGGGAGGAAAUGCCACUUUGCCAUGUGUACUGCGAUUCAAACCAAGCCAUUACAAGGUGAAAUGGACAAAACUGGAACCACUUCGUCAUGGAAGCGAGAACAUUGUCAUGAUCACAAACGGUUCAGCCCACAAACCCUAUGGCCUGCUUGGGCCACGGGCCUCGCUUCGUAAGGCUCAUGUCAUGGAUGCCUCACUACGACUCAGCAACCUGGAACUAGAAGACGGUGGUAGAUAUCGCUGUGAGCUGAUCAACGGUAUCGAGGAUGAGAGUGUCAUCAUUACAUUGGGGAUAGAAGGGAUGGUGUUUCCAUAUCAGAGCAAAAAGGGCCGCUACAAAUUCACCUACCAGGAAGCUAAGGAGGCCUGUGUUGAACAGGAUGGCACAUUGGCCACAUUCAAGCAGCUAUACAAAGCCUGGACAGAGGGUCUGGAUUGGUGCAACGCAGGAUGGCUCAUCGAUGGGACAGUCCACUACCCCAUCCUGCACCCACGAGCAGAAUGUGGGGGGGGGCUGCAGCCUGGAAUUCGCAGCUAUGGCCCCCGGGACAGGAUCCGGGACCACUUUGAUGCCUUCUGUUUCACCUCUAGAACCACAGGCUUUGUGUUCUUCGUUGGAGGGCCACUCACAUUUGGGGAGGCAGUGCAUGCGUGCAGGGGUGAGGGAGGAGAGUUAGCUCUGGUUGGACAGCUCUAUUCAGCCUGGCGUUUCCUGAGCUAUGACCGCUGUAAUGGAGGUUGGUUGAAGGACGGCAGUGUGCGUUUCCCUAUCACCACCCCUAGAGAGCGCUGUGGCGGUAUUCCCGAGGCUGGGGUGCGCACCUUUGGGUACCCCAGCAAGACCCUGCGUCUCUAUGGUGCCUACUGCUACAGGUAGCUUUCAUGAGACCCAUAGCGUGUGGAGCCUACAUCCACUGACUUCAUAGAUCCAAGACGCAGCCAUUGUGAAGACUACCAGUGUCCCCUACAGGUUUCAUUACGCUUUUCUGCAAUACUACAAUAUGUUAUUACAGGAAACCUCAAAGGUUUAACACCUUUUUUUCAUGGGAUACAUCAAUAAAAGCCUGCCACUUUUUUGAGCUUUACUGCUACAGGUAACAACUGCUGUACAUGUUUCCCUGUGUUUGUGUAACCUUUGUUAUCCAAGAAGCACUAUUCUAAUGUAACAGGAAAGUUAUUAAACAAUGACAAAUUCAUAAAAUGCUGCUAGCUUCUUAUCUGAUGUAAGAGAAUGCGUGAAUAGCAGAAUGGAAGAAAGUAUAUGCAUUGACCAUAACUGUAAUACAAUAAAAUAUCUUGAAAGUGUAUUUGAUCAAUGGCAUUAAAAUAUAAUUCAAAUGCAACUA